UCAUGUUUGAGAGUGAGAAGAUGACAGGACCAGAAAGGCCUCAAUUUGUCCUGUUUGGUUCUUCCAUUGUUCAAUACAGUUAUUAUGAAGGCUGGGGUGCUAUUCUUUCUCACUUGUAUGCUCGUCAGGCAGACAUAGUUUUGAGAGGAUACGCUGGUUGGAACUCAAGGCGUGCUCUUCAGGUUCUGGAUCAAGUUUUUCCCAAGAAUGCCACUAAGCAACCAUCAUUGGUUAUUGUGUAUUUUGGUGGCAAUGACUCUGUUAUUCCAAAUAAAUAUGGCCUUGGUCCUCAUGUGCCUCUUCAAGAAUACAUAGAAAAUAUGAGGAAGAUUGCUCUCCAUAUACAGUGCCUUUCAAAGAUGACCCGCAUCGUAUUUCUUAGUACCCCUCCCAUCAAUGAGGAACAAAUCGUUAACAAUAGAGAUCCACAGGGAAAUCUGAUAAGAACAAAUGAAGCUUGUCGAGUAUAUUCCGAAGCAUUGUUGUCACUGUCCCGCAAAAUGAACAUCAAGGCCAUUGAUCUCUGGUCUGCAAUCCAAACAAGAAAAGAUUGGCAAGAGAUUUCUUUCAUUGAUGGAAUUCAUUUAACAUCUGAGGCAAGCAUGACAGUGGUAAAGGAGAUAUUGAAAGUGCUAAAAAAAGCAGAGUGGGAGCCAAGUUUAUACUGGAAGUCAAUGCCAAUUGAGUUUGGAGAAGAUUCACCAUAUGAUCCAGUUGCACCUGAUGGAAAGUCAACUAUAAAUAUAUCUGGAUUUGCCUUUCCUAAUCCUGCUAUGUGGGAGUUGGAUUAAGCUUAUUUGCAAUUGUAGACUGUCUAUUGAUGAUGUAUGUGAUGAUGUGCCUCAAUCUCAUUGAAUUAUUAAUCCCAAAAAUACUAAUAAUUGGCCAUUAUUGAAAGGUCACUUAAAUAAAUAUAUUUGAAUUACUCUUUGAAGA